AUGUCGUUCGAGAGCGUUAUGCCCCCGUACAACGCCUCGGAUCCGCACGCCACCUUCCUGAGCUCGUCAUGUCUCGACUUCCUCCUCAUAGAGCUGGUGCCCAUGGCGUACCGCAUCACGAACGAGCUCGAGGCCGCCGCGGCCGCCGACCAGCUGCUCCCAGCGAUCGCCGCACACGAGAAGGACACGACAGCUGCUGCGGCAGCAUCGCAGAACGGGACCGCAGCGGCCUCCGCCACGGGGACGUCGGGGGCCGGGCCGGCGGGCUCGCGCAGGAUGGACGAGGACGAGGAGCGCGACGCCGUCUUCUUUCGGCUCGAGACGCUGGGGUACCGCGUGGGCCAGGGCCUGGUGGAGCGCUUCUCGCGGGACCGGCCGCACUUCAACGACACGCUCGACGUGAUCAAGUUCCUGUGCAAGGACCUCUGGACGCUGGUGUUUAGGAAACAGGUGGACAACCUCAAGACGAACCACAGGGGAGUCUACGUCUUGACGGACAAUGCAUUCAGGCCAUUCUCGCGGAUGAGCACCGAGGCUGGAGGGCAGGCGGUCGUGAGGGCACAGCCGUUCCUAUGGUUUCCUUGCGGCAUAGUACGGGGAGCUCUGGCCGCCAUGGGCAUUAAUGCAACAGUUCAAGCCGAGACAAGCGAGCUGCCCAGUGCUGUCUUCCAGAUAAAAACAAUACCUUCGAGUUAG